AUGACUGUGCAUUGUACUUCACUCGCGGGUCGUCCUAACGACCCUACUGACCCAGCCCAGCCACUAGCCUUCGGCGGCGCGGACGCACAGGGCUCGCAUCGAGUUGCGGGCAUCGCGAUAGAGCAGGGCGGCAGGUUGUUGGCCAGGGUCCACUCUUCGGCGAUCCGGCCACCCUCCAAACGAAAGAAGCUGCCGAGCAAGAGAUCCACUCCGCGGCCGGUACCUGGAAUGCCACCGCUGAGCUUGCCGAAAGAAUGCCCCGUAGCGGUCGUCGGCUACGAUCGUGGCCUCGGCAACCACGACACGCGACCCAUAGAAUCAGCCUCGCCGAACACGACCAGGCAUCGCUCGCGUGGUAUAACCCAGCUCAGAAACGGCUGGAACUUAGCUAGAACAUCGAUCAUGCAAACCGCAUUUCUACUCUUCGUACUCGUCGCUGCUUUCGGGCUGCUCAUCACCCAGGUGGUGCGCUUCGAGAUCAUCUCGCUGGGGCUGGUGGCGGUGCUGGCGUUGGCCGGCAUUCUCACCACUCAAGAGGCGCUGUCAGGCUUCUCCAACAGCGCCACCCUGACCGUCGCCGCCAUGCUGGUGCUGAGCGCUGGCCUGCGCUGGGCGUUUGGCAGCCCGGCGCGGCUGCUGUUUACGGUCGGCAUGGUGACCGCGGUGCUGAGCGCCUUCAUGAACAACACGGCGAUCAUCGCGCUGAUGAUCCCGGUGGUGCUGGCGCUGUCGCGCAAGAUCGAUGUCUCGGCCUCCAAACUGCUGAUGCCAUUGAGUUUCUUCGCCAUUCUCGGCGGCACCUGCACACUGAUCGGCACUAGCACCAACAUCCUGGUCGACUCGCUCUACCGCGAUGCCGGCGGGCCAGGGUUUGGCUUGUUCGAGUUCGCCGGUAUCGGGCUGCUCUAUCUGCUGGUGGGCUCGAUCUACCUAAUGCUGUUCUGGAAGAAGCUGCCCGACAACACGGUCUUCAGCCAGAUCCUCGACACCGGCAGUCGCAGCCAGUUCGUCACCGAGAUUACGGUGCCCGAGGACAGCCGCUAUAUCGGUAGCUCACUCAGCGAGCUGCUUGCUCGGCUCAAAGACGUCGAAGUUUUGGAGCUGAUCCGCGACGAGGAAGCCGAGCUCGGGCCACCACCGGAAACGGUCCUCGAAAAUGGCGACACCCUGCUGCUCAAAGGCAGCGGUGCAACCCUGAACCAGCUUGCCGAGCGCGAGGGGGUCGGGGUCGGCAGCGCGGUGGCCGACGCCGAGCGUAUCGCCAUGAGCCGUUUCGAUCUGCGCACCACCGAGGCCGUGAUCCUGCCCAACUCGCAGUUGAUCGAUCGCCGGGUGCGCGACGCCGGGCUCAACCGACGCUACGGGGUCUUUGUGAUCGCCGUUCGGCGGCUCGGCGGCGGUCACCACAUCCGCAACCUGCGAUCUCUACGACUGCGGGUCGGUGACGUGCUGCUGAUUCAAGGCGAGCCCUCGACCCUGCAGACCCUGCAAGAAGACGCCGGCGUGCUGCUGAUCGAGGGCAUCGAGUCGCGGUUGACUUUUCCCCGCAAGGCACCGAUCGCGAUCGGCAUCUUGGUGUCGGUGGUGGCGCUGGCGGCUCUGGGGAUCGGCGAGAUCGUGGUGCUCAGCCUGGCCGGAGUGGCCGCCAUGCUGCUGACCCGCUGCAUGACCGUCAGCCAAGCCACCCGGGCGCUCGACAGCUCGGUCUUGCUGCUGCUGGCCGGCAUGAUCCCACUCGGCGUGGCGAUCCAGAACAGCGGCGUGGCGAGCGUCGCCACCCAAUGGCUAGUGGCGCACCUAGGCGACCUGGGGCCAGUGGCUAUCGUCAGCGGGUUCUAUCUCUUCACUUCGCUGAUGACGGCGGUGCUGUCGAACGGCGCUACCGCCGUCCUGCUGACACCGAUCGCCCUCGAGCUCGCCCAGCAGACCGACAUCGAGCCCAAGGCUUUGCUGGUGGCGAUCGCCUUCGGUGCCAGCGCCAGCUUUGCGACUCCGAUCGGCUACCAGACCAACACCAUGGUGAUGGGUCCCGGCGGCUACAGCUUUGGCGACUACCUACGUUUCGGUGGCCCGCUGAGCGUGAUCAUGUGGCUGGCGGCAACCCUGCUGCUACCGUUGUUCUGGCUCUAG